AUGGAUCACUCACACACGAAUUACUUUCUACCUUUUGACGCUGCUUCGUAUUUCGACUCGGCAGCAGCAGCGGCAGCAGCAACGUACAAUCCAUAUACAGAUUUCUAUUCACAUCCUCAAUCAACAACAAGUUCAUCAACAACAGCUGCUUCCUAUCAUCAGAUGUAUCGAACGCCGCCGACUACUUUAAGACAUCCAUCAAGUUUCUACUCUGCUACUAUGCAAAGUCUUCAAUCAUCCUAUAAGAUAUUUGGUACAUCGCAAAAUGAUCCCAAUUCACCGUCAUUUCUCGCAUCGUCAACGACUCCGACGGCCUUUUUGCAUGAUAAUAAACGCAAACAACGACGAAUACGAACAACGUUCACAAGUUUGCAACUCAGAGAACUAGAGAAAUGUUUUCAACAAACUCAUUAUCCGGAUGUUUAUUUACGUGAAGAAAUUUCACUUCGCAUCGAUUUGACUGAAGCGCGAGUUCAAGUUUGGUUCCAAAAUCGUCGAGCAAAAUGGCGUAAGCAAGAACGACAAAAACAAUCCCUGAAAACCAAAAAUACAAACUCUACCACCUCGUCAAAAAGCAAUAAGAUUGCAAUAGUUGAUACAAAAAAGCAACAUAAAGAUCUUGCCAAUCGAUACCCUCCUGGUAGUAGUGACGAAGAAACGAAACGUGCGACAUGCUACAACGAACAAAACACAACCUCAACAACAUCAACAAUGGUUUAUUCAUCACCGGAUGUCAAAUAUAAUUCAUUUCAAUAA